CGACUCGUUUGUCUGGGAGAUCGGGACUCUGAAGAAGGAGAUGGUGCAAAAGGCUGAGCAAGCAGAAGGACAUCCAGAGCCUGUAAUACUACAGGGGCUAGAUGGGCAGGUGGGAGGUCUGUUCCUACAGGCUCCUCCCUGUGUUGGCGUGAGGGCAGGGCUUGCUGGAGUUAGGGAUUCAGGCUACGACUCUUUGCGUAGAAGGAUGAGUGUGCUGGACUGGCUGGUGCAAACGCACGCUGUGUGGCUGCAGCUGGGACUGAGCCGGCCAGAAGCCACACGCAAACUGCAACCACAGCCCACUGGGACGUUUCUGGUGAGAAAGUCGACUACCCUGCAGAGGAAGGUGAUCUCUCUGCGGAUGCACCAGGACUCUGAGACACCCGUCAAAGAUUUCCCUGUGAAGGAGUGUCAAUACACAUUCUCCUUGGAGGGAUCGGGCCUCAGCUUUGCAGACCUGUUUCAUCUUGUGGCUUUCUACUGCAUCAGCAGGGAUGUCUUGCCAUUCACUCUAAAGCUUCCUGAAGCCAUCUCUGCAGCCAGGACGCCAACAGGCUUGGAGGAGGUGGCCAAGCUAGGAGCAGGGUUCUGGGACUCUGAGCGUUGCCGCAGGAGGAGUUCUCUCUCCUCGUUGUCCAGGACAACCACCCACGACCAAUCACCUAGCCUGAGGCCGAGAUCCGUUUACACCCCCCUGGUCACCCGCACCCCGUCCCAGCUGGAGUGUUCCCAGUCCAACGGGGCUCUCUGCUUCAUCAACCCCCUCUUCCUAAAGGUUCACCACCCAGAGGGUGGCAACCACACCUUUCCCUCCUACACCAGCCACCACAACCCCCAGCACCUAAACAAUAGCAGUACAGCUACAACUGUACAAGUACAACAACAGCACUGUACCAGCAACCCAGAGCGACUUAAAGACAGCCCUCAACCCCAUAGCGACAGCCCUCAGAGUGAUAGCCCUGGCAACAGCACCCAGCAUCAUAACAGCUGUGUCAGCGUGAGCCGGGCUAACAGAGUUUCCCUCUCGCCACCUCCUCGCCCCCCACCUCCCUGCUGUGCCCCCCGUCGCCCUGCCUCCCCUCAACGCCAGCGYAGCAUGCCUGAGAAGAUAUCUUGGAUCAACCCCCCCAAAGAGAAGGACCGGGUGGGAGAGAGGGAGAAGGGCAGUAGCCUUCUCUCCCGCCUGGGCUCCUCUCUCAGCAUCAGCCCUUCCUCAUCUUUCCUCUCCUCCUCUUUCCUCUCCUCCUCCCCUCCCAAGAAGCGCAGCAUCAGUGCCCCCAUCUCUAUCCCCCUGUCCCUCUCCUCCCCAACUGACGUCGACUGCCGUCUUGCUCUCGAUGACCAGACUAUUCAGAACGCCAUAUCUCUCAGUCUGGCUAAGCAGGCACUGAGAAACGCCACCAACCCCGAUGACAACACAGAGGGAAACAGUCCGUCCACUCAAGACCAAGCCCUCUCCUGCCAAGAGGAAGGAGGAGGAAGAGGAAGAGGCGGAAGAGAAGAGGACUGCAUCCAGCGCCUGAGCGACAUGAGCAUUUCCACCGACGACUCCACCGACUCAGUAGACUUCUCCCAGGGCUUCUUCCCCCCACUCGCUGAACCCAGCCCACCCACCACCAAUAACCUGGUGCUGCCCCUCACCCACCCYUACAGCAGCAUGGAGGAAGAUGAUGAUGAAGACGAAGCAGACUUUGGAGUGAGAGUGGAGAACGACCAGGACCUGACCAUCACCCCUCCCGGGCUGCGCACCAAACGACGAGCCAGUACCGGAGCCAUGGUCAUCCAGCAGGCCCUCAGGGGCCACUUCCGUAAGAUGAGUGGGGUGUUCAGCUCUCUCCUAACCCCUGAGAAACGGGCCAUACGGAGAGUCCUGGAGCUGUCCAGGGAUAAGGGCUCGUACUUUGGCUGCCUAGUGCAGGACUACUUGAGCUUCUUGCAGGAGGGAGGGGGCUGCCAGGCCUGGCAGUGCCACGCCUCAGGGCUGGAGCUGCUGCAGACGCUACGCCAGUUCAUCACCCAGAUGAAGAGCUACCUGCGGCAGAGCUCUGAGCUGGAGCCCCCCAUUGAGUCACUCGUCCCAGAGGACCAAAUUGACUAUGUCCUAGAAAAAGCCAUGCAUAAGAUAGUCCUGAAGCCCCUGAAAGGUGUGGUGGGGGCGGCCCUCCAGGAGUUCCAGGUCCGCAGCGGGGCGUGGCAGGAGCUCAAGGAGAACCUCUCCUUGGCCAAGGCCCGGCAGCCCCAUGAGAUGGGCGUGGCCAACGCCUUCCCUCCAGAUCCAGUUAACAUAGAGAAAAUCCGUCACAAGUUCCACACCAUGUGUAAACUCUAUUCACCUGAGAAGAAGGUGACCAUGCUGCUGCGCAUAUGUAAACUCAUCUAUACCAUCAUGGAGCACAAGUCAGGUUGUCUGUAUGGGGCAGAUGACUUCCUGCCCAUGCUGACCUAUGUGUUGGCCCAGUGUGACAUGCCUCAACUAGACAACGAGAUCCUCUACAUGAUGGAGGUUCUGGAUCCUUCUCUGCUGCAUGGAGAAGGUGGAUACUACCUGACCAGUGCGUACGGAGCCAUGUCCCUCAUUAGGAACUUCCAAGAGGAGCAAGCAGCUCGUGUACUCAGCUCUGAAACACGCAACACACUCCGCCAGUGGCACUGUCGCCGCACCACCCAGCGCAGUGCGCCCUCCGUCAAUGACUUCCAGAACUACCUGCGGGUAGCGCUCCAGGAGCUGGACAGCGGUUGCACUGCCAAAACUCUGCAGGUGCAGCCCUAUGCCACCACUGAGGAAAUCUGCCAGAUCUGCGCCUACAAGUUUAAAGUUCCCGACCCUGAGAAUUACGCCCUAAUCCUGCUCACUGAGGGCUCAUGCCAGCAGCUAGCCCCCGACACACACCCCCAGAAGAUCAAAGCUGAGCUCCACAGUCGGCCCCAGGCCGCACCUUUUCACUUCGUCUUCUGUCGGGUGGCUAACCUCAAUGACCUGGCCGCGACCUCGUUUGAACCCCAGUCCAACCUCAAUGACAUCACACUUACCAAAGAAUCUGAGCCCAACCUUAAUGGUGUGGCCUUUACCCCUUCUAACCCCCAGGCCAACCUCAACCUGGGUCUCAGUCCCAGUCUCAGCCUCAGUCUACCCCCCAACCAGCACAAUGGUAACUCCAUAUCCAUCUGAGACUACAGGGCUGGAGAGUKGAAACCUCCAUCUGGACUACCAUCAUUCUUACUGUACCCCAACAAAACUGGGCUGAACUGUGUUUAACUGGUCUGAGCUAGGCUGAACUGGGCCUAACUGGGUUAAACUGUGUCAUGCUAAGCUUAGCCACAAAAAACUUCCCCUUUUGGUGAAUCUUCUGUCUUGCAGGGAAUCCUCACUGUAAAGCUUUGUCUGAGUACAGGAGGAGAGGAAGAGGGAAGGAAAUGCAACAGAUGGGGUUAUUUUGCAGCUCUAUUUGUGAACUUUUGGGACAUGGCACACGAGGAGCACACGUGAGGGCAAACAACUCUCAUAAAAGAUGGAUAAAGGUUUUGAAAUAGUCUUGUUACAGACACAGCCAGACAGUUCAAUUCCAAAAGUGUCAAAGUGCAGAUUCAGGGUCAGUUUUUGGUUUGUCACUCCUAGUAGUGAAGCAUAGGAUUAAGUAAAGGGAAAGAUGAUCUCAGAUCAGUAGAUAGGGUUCAYUUUUAUCUGCUUUGGUUCCCAUCUAGUGAUGUACUCGUUCAGUCCAUUAACUUUUUCUUCAGACUGAAAAUGUUCCUCUUCAGGCAGAAAAUAGCCUUCAAGUCUUUACAGAAAAUAUACAGCAAUUAUUUUAUCUGGGUGAUACUUCUAUAAUGAAUUACUUCUUGCAGUUGCUGGUAAACUGCAUUGUGUGUUUUUAUGGAAUUUUUAUGUUAUAGCAUUGCUUUUCUUUGUUAAAGUAAAAUGUUAGGAGCAGGCAUGUCUGCCAGUGAUGAAAUGAUGAACUUAAUGUUUUUAUGAUUCUCCAGGAGUUAUGAUACUGUACUUCCCUCAUAGCUAAUACUUGUUAAUCGAGGUCAUCCCUCCCGUAAUAAUUGGUGUAAUCAUAUGUGAUUGACUGGCUUGGUCUACGGUACCAGCGUCAAAUUGCCGACAAGGUCAUGAAAUAUUGUACUACUGACAAAUAUUAAAAGUAGGCCUAAGUUGCCUUGUGAAAUUUAGUGUGUCGAUUCUCAAACUGGUCUGAGAUUCUGCGCACACACACACACACAUACGUUUGUGUGUGUGUGCGCAGAAUCUCAGUGUUUUGACUCUUGACUGGUAAGAAUUUUAGCGUUGGGUAUGAGAGGGUGCAGAUUUAAAAGAUGUGAUGGGAAAGGAAUAAGAAGAGAAGUAGAACUGAAUCAUUAAUGAAAUACAGUCUCUGUUCUUUAACUUAACACAAUGUUAACAAAUUGUAUUCUAUUGUAUCAGUACUUUAAUGUUUACAUUAUGGAAUAUAAACAUGGGCAUUGCUGGUGCUGUGGAGAGAUGACAAGAAAGUGAAAUGGGGAAAUGUGAUUGAGAGAAGGUUGAGUAGCCAGAGCAUGGUUGUUAAGCAGUAGUAUUAUUGUUAGAAAAACGAUGUAGCUUAUGUUAGUUCAAAUAUAUUAAACUAUUUGGACUUUUUAUAGGCGUUAUCCUUUUUUUAAUAGACAUGUACUGUAAUACAAUUGCUACUCUAACAAGAUAUUUUAAAUGAUACAAAUGUUACUAUUUAUAUGCAUCUGUGCUGGGAUUUUUCACAUAUGGCUUUUUUCCAUGUCUGUCAUAUUGCAGUUGUCCCAGAUCAACAAGACAUGUCCUUAUGUUCCUAUGCUGUCUGUGCAUCAUUGAAUGAUAUUAUUUUGCACUCAA